AUGGCUCUUGACAGCAUCUGGGCCUCAAAGGUGGCAGUCAUAGGGGAUGGGCCUGCCAAGAGAGUGAGUGAACAGACCUCCCUGCAGAGUCAGAUCCUCCAGACGGCCUCUUUGAAGGAUGGUCCAGCAAAGCGGGCAGUGUGGGUCCGCCGCAGCAGUUCGGAGCCAGAAGAACCUACGAAAUCAACGGUGGUCAAGGAGAGGCACAAGCUGGAGGUGACCAAAGCAGUGGUAGUGGACCUUGGCACUGGCUACUGUAAGUGUGGCUUUGCUGGCCUGUCCAAGCCCACCCAUAAGAUCUCCUCCACAGUGGGAAAACCUUACAUGGAGACAGCCAAAACUGGUGAUAAUCGCAAAGAGACAUUCGUGGGCCAGGAGCUGCUUGAUCCGGACAUUCGUCUCAAGCUCAUCAAUCCCCUGCGACAUGGUAUCAUUGUGGACUGGGAUUCAGUGCAGGAUAUCUGGGAAUAUCUCUUCCGGAAAGAAAUGAAGAUCGCACCAGAGGAUCAUGCAGUCUUGGUGUCAGACCCACCCCUGAGCCCACACACCAACCGAGAGAAGUACGCCGAGAUGCUGUUCGAGAGCUUCAACACACCUGCGAUGCACAUAGCCUACCAGUCCCGCCUCUCCAUGUACUCCUACGGAAGGACCUCUGGCCUGGUGGUAGAGGUCGGCCAUGGCGUAUCCUACGUGGUCCCCAUCUACGAGGGUUAUCCUCUGCCUAGCAUCACUGGGAGACUGGACUAUGCAGGCUCUGACCUGACAACUUACCUGAUGAACCUGCUGAACUGCUCAGGAAAACCCUUCACAGAGGACCAGAUGGACAUUGUGCAGGAUAUCAAGGAGAAAUGCUGCUUUAUGGCCCUGGACCCUGUCGAAGAGAAGAAAGUCCCACCCACGGAUCAUUCAGUCCAGUACACUCUGCCAGAUGGGCAGGAGAUAUGCCUGAGCCAGGAAAGGUUCCUCUGUGCGGAGAUGUUCUUCAAGCCUUCUCUGAUCAAGUCCAUGCAGCUGGGUCUCCACACCCAGACAGUGUCCUGCCUUAACAAGUGUGACGUUGCCCUCAAACGGGACCUCAUGGGCAACAUCCUGCUCUGCGGGGGCAGCACCAUGCUCAACGGCUUCCCUAACCGCCUGCAGAAGGAGCUGAGCAGCAUGUGUCCCAACGACAACCCCCAGGUAAACGUGUUGCCGGAAAGAGACACUGCCGUGUGGACGGGGGGCUCCAUCCUGGCCUCACUUCAGGGCUUCCAGCCGCUGUGGGUCCACCGCUUUGAGUAUGAGGAACACGGGCCUUUCUUCCUCUACAGAAGAUGCUUCUGA